GCCACAAGGCGAACAUUUUUUAACCUUUUUUCCCGUGUGACAGCUAAAGUCUUUGACUUUUACUUAAACAGUUGAAAGAGCUGCAUGUGUAUUGUGUAUGUAGUGGGUGCGAAACUGAAGUUUGUUCGGAAUACAUUGACGCAUGUAACUAUUAUUUAAAUCUGCACAAUGUCAGCCAAAGCAAUAAGAGAAGCAACAGGAAAACAAUUAAUAAAUAACCAUCUUCAAAGUGGGACAGCUGCAUCUUUCUGUCGCUUUGCAUCAGUUGACGAGAGCACAAACUGGGACGAAUUGCGAAGCAAACAUCCAUGGCUUCUGACUGAGAAACUGGUAGCAAAACCUGACCAGCUUAUCAAACGUAGAGGCAAACUUGGGCUCAUUACUGUCAAUAAAGAUUUUGAGGCAGUGAAGGAAUGGAUUACAGCUCGGCUGGGUGUAGACCAAGUAAUAGGAAAAGCUACAGGAAAAUUAAGAACAUUCAUCAUUGAGCCAUUCAUUCCUCAUAAACCAGAAGAAGAAGUUUAUGUUUGUAUUUAUUCACAUCGUUAUUCAGAUACAAUACUUUUCCACCAUGAAGGUGGUGUUGACAUUGGAGACGUUGAUGCUAAAGCACUAAAGUUAGAUAUCCCAGUGAAUGAAGAAGUUUCUCUUGAUGAUAUCAAACGCACAUUACUGACAAAUGUAAACCAGCAAAAGAAAGAAUUAAUAGCACAAUUUAUUGUAUCACUGUAUAAGCUGUAUGUGGAACUUUACUUCACGUACUUGGAAAUAAAUCCUUUAGUUGUUACUGAGAAGUCUAUCUAUAUUCUGGAUCUAGCUGCUAAGCUUGAUGCAACAGCAGACUACAUAUGCCGUGCUAAAUGGGGUGAGAUUGAUUAUCCACCUCCAUUUGGACGUGAUGCUUUUCCUGAAGAGGCUUAUAUUGCUGAUUUGGAUGCUAAAAGUGGAGCAUCCCUAAAGCUUACUAUUUUAAACAAAAGUGGACGGAUUUGGACAAUGGUUGCUGGUGGUGGAGCUUCUGUUAUCUAUAGUGACACAAUAUGUGAUCUCGGAGGAGCUUCUGAGCUAGCUAAUUAUGGAGAAUACAGUGGUGCACCAUCAGAGCAGCAGACAUACGAAUAUGCUAAAACAAUUCUUAGCCUCAUGACUCAGACCAAACACCCAAAAGGAAAGAUUUUAAUUAUUGGUGGAGGAAUUGCAAAUUUCACAAAUGUUGCAUCAACAUUCAAGGGUAUUGUCACGGCACUUCAAGAAUUUCAACCAAAGCUAGUUGAGUAUAAUAUUUCAAUAUUUGUAAGAAGAGCUGGACCAAAUUAUCAAGAGGGUUUAAGAAUCAUGCGUGAUGUUGGGAAAAACUUAGGCAUUCCAUUGCAUGUCUUUGGACCAGAAACACACAUGACUGCCAUAGUAAGCAUGGCGCUUGGUAAGAAGCCAAUACCAAGUGUGACAGAAGUUGAAUUUGCCACAGCAAACUUUUUAUUACCAGGAGGACAGAAGGACAGUCCUCAGCAGUCUCGCAAAGGAUCACUGGCAUCAGCUACGGGAAAUUCAGCUCAAAGAGAGGCACCAAUUAGAAGCCUCUCAUCAAGUGGAGGUGAAGAUGUUAGAGAUGGAACACAGAGAGGAGUUCUUUUUACAAAAAAUACAAAGGCAAUUGUGUGGGGAAUGCAGAGCAGAGCUGUCCAGAGUAUGUUGGACUUUGACUUCGUUUGUCGUCGAUCAGAACCAUCUGUGGUUGCUAUGGUGUAUCCCUUUACUGGAGAUCAUAAGCAGAAAUUUUAUUGGGGUCAUAAGGAGAUCCUUAUUCCAGUCUACAAGAAAAUGGAAGAUGCCAUGACUAAACACAGAUCUGCAGAUGUAUUAGUGAAUUUUGCUUCUCUCAGGUCAGCUUAUGAGAGUACUUUGGAGGCGAUGAACUAUCCUCAGAUACGAACAAUUGCCAUAAUUGCUGAGGGAAUACCAGAGAAUCUUACACGUAAACUUAUUGUACAAGCACAUAAGAAGGGUGUGAGCAUCAUUGGUCCAGCAACAGUUGGAGGUCUGAAGCCUGGUUGUUUCAAGAUCGGCAACACAGGUGGCAUGAUGGAUAACAUUCUGCAUUCGAAACUGUAUAGGCCUGGAAGUGUUGCAUAUGUCUCAAGAUCAGGUGGCAUGUCAAAUGAACUUAACAACAUAAUAUCAAAAUCAACAAAUGGUGUCCUGGAGGGUGUAGCUAUUGGUGGAGAUCGGUACCCAGGAACAAAUUUUAUGGACCACAUAUUGAGAUACCAGGCUGAUCCAGAGGUGAAAAUGAUUGUCCUAUUGGGAGAAGUCGGUGGUGUAGAAGAAUAUGCAGUUUGUAAGGCCCUAAAGGAUAAACGGAUUACUAAACCACUUGUAGCAUGGUGCAUAGGCACAUGUGCAGGUAUGUUUACAUCAGAGGUCCAGUUUGGUCAUGCAGGAUCAUGUGCUAAUUCAGAUAUGGAAACAGCUGUUGCAAAGAAUAAGGCACUGAGUGAAGCUGGUGCUCAUGUCCCACCAUCAUUUGAUUCUUUUGGAGAUGUAAUUGGUGAAGUAUAUGAGUCAUUAGUUGAAAGUGGUGUGAUAGUUCCUGCUCCAGAGGUUCCACCACCUACGGUGCCAAUGGACUACUCAUGGGCAAGGGAAUUAGGACUUAUAAGAAAACCAGCCUCUUUCAUGACAAGCAUAUGUGAUGAGAGGGGCCAGGAGCUGAUCUACGCAGGAAUGCCAAUCAGCAGUGUUCUGAAGCAAAAUUUGGGAAUUGGAGGAGUGAUAUCUCUGUUGUGGUUCCAACGAUGUUUACCAGCAUAUGUGUGCAAGUACUUUGAAAUGUGUCUGAUGAUAACAGCUGAUCAUGGACCAGCAGUUUCUGGUGCUCACAACACCAUUGUCUGUGCUCGUGCUGGUAAAGAUUUGGUAUCGUCUGUUGUUUCUGGACUCUUGACCAUUGGAGACAGAUUUGGAGGUGCCUUAGAUGGAGCCGCUAGACAGUUCAGUGAAGCAUAUGACACUGGUCUUAUUCCCAUGGAAUUUGUUAAUUCUAUGAGGAGUAAAGGUCAACUGAUAAUGGGUAUUGGACACCGAGUGAAAUCGAUUAAUAAUCCAGACAUGAGGGUUAAAAUCAUUAAAGAAUUUGUGAUGGAACAUUUUCCCAAUAAACCACUAACACAGUAUGCAUUAGAAGUUGAAAAGAUAACAACUUCAAAGAAACCAAAUCUUAUACUAAACGUAGAUGGUAUAAUAGCCACAUCCUUUGUUGAUAUGCUGAGGCACUGUGGGAGUUUCACAAGGGAAGAAGCACAGGAAUAUAUUGAAAUGGGAUCAAUCAACAGCCUCUUUGUGCUAGGAAGAAGCAUUGGAUUUAUAGGCCAUUAUAUGGACCAGAAACGUCUGAAGCAGGGACUGUACCGUCAUCCAUGGGAUGACAUUUCAUAUAUUUUGCCAGAGCAGUACAAUUGAUAUAACACAUAUUUUGCCGGAGCAGUAUAAUUGAUAUAACACUACAAAUUGAUGCCAUGUAGCAGAGAUCACUCUGAGGACAUUUCAUUUUAAUAAUGCAACAACAGAAUUUGCAUUACAUUUAUUAUUACAGCAGCAACAAAAGACUUUACGUUACAUUUAUUAUUAUUAUUACAUCAACAAAAUAAUUUGUGUGAGGUUCAUCCUAUAUAAUAAAAAAUCAUCUUCCAUGGUUGUUGCAUUUCAAAGAACUGUUAUAAGCGUAUUCUGUGCACACUACACUUCAGUAUCAAGCAUUUAUGCUGAUUGCAUUAUAUAAAGAUAGUACAACUGUCUUAGUAUGUAGCAGCUGAGGGAGCGCAAUAGCCUUCCUCCAAAUAAAAGUGACUUAAAAUUGUAAUUCCAUUUUACUGUUUUGUUGUGUAUAUGUUUUUAAUUGUAAAAGUUUAAUUUAUAUAUGUUUAUAUAUGUUGUUCGUGUAUGACUGUGUCAAAUUUGACACGAGUUAUGGAAAAUAUAGACUUUUAAGUGAAUCUUA